AUGCACUCAAGAACGUGGUUGCAGGGUCGGUUGAAUUUAGCUUCGACGGCAGCCAAGUGCUGUGGAGGGGCGGAUCGAGGGCUGGGGGCGUCAUUGCUGCCUCACUUGCACAGCAAGCGCGAGGUACCGGGAUCCCAAUCGGAGGAGUGUUCCUCAAUGUGUCCAUCACCUGCGACCCACGACACUUCCCCGCUGAUAACUUUGUAUUCACCUCAGUGCUUCGGCACUCUGCUUGGUGGCGGCGUGAUGAGGCAGAUAUGGGAGCUCGUCGUGCCGAAAGACGAGGGAAGGAGCCCACAGAUAUCCCCACUGCUGAACGAUCUGAGCGACCUACCUCCCCAUGCGAUCUUUGUGGCAGGCCAAGAUCCGCUUAGGGAUGAGGGAGCUGCGUACGCCGGGAAGCUGGAGGCCAGCGGCGUGAAGACAUCAUUGCCAAUCUACCAAGGAGUUCCUCAUACCUUCGGCGAGUUUUAG